UCUCUACUCUUGGAUGAUUGGGUCUUUGACAGACAGACUCUCUUGACUGUUGGAUCUCAAACUUUUUGGCUUUUCUUAAUCGAUAUGACUUGCAAAAGUGCUUUUGUGUGAUCGCCUUUUACAAUCGUUUUGACUUUAAAUGGGUACGAUUGCCUCAGUCUUGCAAUGGAAAUGUGAGUUAUGUUUACAGGUUAAUCCCACUGAGAAGAGCUGUUGCUUCAAUUGCGGGUCAAAACGAUCUCAUCAGGAUGCUGUAGAAGAAAACGUCCGUCCAAUGUGUUCACCAGUCAAUUUUCCCCUGGAGGAGAACAAUCGGACCUCAAAAAAUCAAUCUCAACUUAAACAUUCUCUGUCCUACUCCAACCAUUCUUCAUCCGCAGCAAAAUGGACCUGUCCUCACUGCUUAUUUCUGAAUGUUGCCAGUGCACAGGACUGCAUGACGUGCAUGAACAGCAAACCAAAAGAAACAUCAGCUAGUCAAGAGCUACAUCAAACUCUGCAGCAGCCAAACAGUAAUAGCUCCACUUGGUCCUGCAAGCGUUGCACAUUUUCCAAUCUUGUCGAUCUCAAUAGCUGUGAGGUUUGUGAGGCACCACGCUGUCCCAAUAUCCCCUUAACCUUGCCAAGAAAACCCAUUGUAGUUAACUGUGGGACACCGGAAUUGAACUCAGACAACAACCAUGCCAAGGAGACGCCUGUCAUGAACGGUAAAAAGAACGGGGCGGUGGUUACUAGCCAUCGACACGAAACUAGCUGGACAUGCAAAAAAUGCACGUUAAUCAAUCCAGUGGGCAAAAACGUUUGCUCGGCCUGCAGCUGCUCACAGUUGUAUAGCCAAAAGAAGAUGGAAAGUCUAGGUUCUGGCAAUAGUCCCAAGAAGAAAGACACCUGGUCAUGUCCUCAGUGCACCUUGCUUAAUUCAAACUCAAUUUCCAAAUGCAGAGCAUGUAAAACCUCCGUGACUCCUCGUGCGGAAACAAAGGUUGUCAGCGAAGUUGAAGAAACAGCCAUGGCCAAUAACCAGCUUAUUUCUUUACCAACUAGAAACGCGUCACCAGCCAUUACAAAGGAAGGGUGGCAAUGUUCCGCCUGUACGUUCCAUAACAAAAAACCUAAAUCGUACAGCUGCGAAAUGUGUCAAUCAAGUCGAAGCUUAACAGCCCUUUCGCCACCUGCCCCGGCCGCCAUUUCCCGACAUGAAAGUGAGCCAUCCGCCUCUCUUCGCCACACGGAAGAGGAACAUGCACGUCUAAAAUGGAAGCGGAUCGUCGGGUUUUGUCGAACGAGCGGUGAUAAAUUCGUUGACGAUUCAUUCCUGCCUACCGGACGUUCUUUGCAUAGCAGCAAUCAGGAAGGAGUCCAAUGGCUUCGACCAAGUCAAAUAGUGAGCAGCGAAGCAUCCCACGUCAAGUGGGCCGUUUUUCGUACGCCUCUGCCAUCAGACAUCAGCCAGGGAAUCCUAGGUGACUGUUGGCUAUUGAGCGCCCUCGCUGUCUUAGCUGAAAGAGACGAGUUGGUGCGGAACGUUAUGGUCACUAGGGAAGUCUGCAAUGAAGGCGCUUAUCAGGUACGCUUGUGUAAAGAUGGAAUGUGGCGAACUGUCUUGGUUGACGAUUUGUUGCCUUGCGACCAACGUGGACACCUGCUUUACUCGCAGGCCAAGAGAAAACAAUUAUGGGUGCCACUUAUUGAAAAAGCAAUGGCUAAGAUUCACGGUGGCUAUGGAGCGCUUGUAUCAGGUCGUUCAAUCGAAGGCCUUGCUUCUCUAACCGGAGCUCCUUGUGAGAGUAUUUCACUCCAACCGUCCGCCAAUGGAAGCAGUGGCGAAGAGGCCGAAGGCUUAGAUGAAGAUUUAAUUUGGGCUAGACUUCUUAGCUCACGGACUGCAGGUUUCUUAAUGGGCGCUUCAUGCGGCGGUGGAACUAUGAAAAUAGACGAGGAAGAGUAUCAAAAAAAGGGCUUACGACCACGACACGCAUAUUCCGUGCUCGAUGUGCUCGAUUUCAGCUCGAAAGGUGGUCCCCGCCUUCUCCGGAUGCGUAACCCGUGGGGCCACUUCUCUUGGCGUGGUGAUUGGGCGGACGACUCCAAACUUUGGAAUCCCGAACUUCGGGCCACUUGUAUGCCUCAUGGUGCUGAGGAAGGUGUCUUUUGGAUUUCAUUUCAGGAUACGCUGAUUUUCUUUGACUGCAUCGACGUCUGCAAGGUACGCCUUGGGUGGAGUGAAGUACGAUUGCCCGGUCUCUUGCCUCCGUGUGCGUUUUCAGACCACGUUUUGGCCGUCCUGGUGACCGUGGUAGAGCCAACGGAAUUGGAUUUGAGCUUGUUCCAGGAGGGCAGUCGGCACACCGAUAAAUCGCAACGUUCGCCGGUUGAUCUUUGCGUAGCACUGUACCGCACAGGCUCAGUGGCUGCGCCUCAAGUCGGCCAACUCGUCGUGCAUAGUCGGCGGCAAUUGCGUGGCUUUGUCGCAACCAAUGCAUUCUUGGAACCCGGUCUGUAUCUCAUCGUCUGCUUGGCUUUCAAUCAUUGGAAUCUAAAUCCAGGUGAGGGUGCUGUAACGCACUAUCCACCUUGUGUCUUGGCUCUGCACAGCAGCAAGCGACUCCUCGUCGAACAUAUCACACCUUCGCCUUUUGUUUUGGCCGAUGGGCUCAUAAGUCUCACUAUGGCCAAGGGCCAACGCUACGAGGGCAGAGAGGGUAUGACUGCUUAUUAUCUAACUCAAGGAUGGGCCGGAUUAGUAGUUACAGUAGAAAAUCGCCAUGCAGACAAGUGGCUACAAGUUCGUUGCGAUUGUCAAGAGAGCUUCAAUGUCGUUUCGACUCGAGGAGCUCUACUGACAGUAGAUGCAAUUCCACCGCUGCAUAGACAAGUGUUGUUGGUUUUAACUCAACUUGAAGGCGGUGGUGGUUUCGCUAUUGCCCAUCGUCUCAUUCACCGGCUUUCAUCUCAGGGCGGUCUCAACGAUUGGGGGCCUCCAGGUGAGUCUCAUCAGCCUUUAUUGACCUCCACCGUUACAGGACUUCACACACCUCGACCAAUUUGA